GGCUGGGAUUGGAAUCAGGUGCAGACCAAGACUGAGAGAGUAGGAGAUGAAUCGAGGAAUGCAAGUGCUCCGGAAACUGAUUUGGAGGCCAGGAGGAUGUUGGAGACCGAUGUCAAGGGCUCUCCAGGAGACCCUCAGGGAUUCUGAGCCCCUAUCUGGUUCUGUGAGGUCUUUCGAGCACAUCCCCCAGAGUCCAGGCAACCCUUGGGUCAAGAUGCUAAAGAUAUGGAAAAACAAAGGCUUGGAAGACUUGCAUCUAGAUUCCCAGAAGAAAUUUCAGCAGUUGGGACCCAUCUACAGGGAGAAGGUGGGCACUCUCAGCACAGUGAACGUGCAUCUGCCCCAGGAUGCGGAGAAAGUGCUGAGGGCUGAAGGACCACUUCCUCAGAGGAUGGCGACGAUGCCCUGGAUAGUGCAUAGACGGACCCGGAAUCACAAGUGUGGCAUCUUCCUUCUAAAUGGGAAAGAAUGGUUAAAUGAUCGCAUAAAGAUGAACCAGGAUGUGCUCUCACCAAGUGGUGCUGAUCAUUUCAUUCCCUUGCUAAAUACCAUCUGCCAAGAUUUUGUCCAAUACUUAGAUGUUCGAAUCCGGAGGAAUGUUCGACAGUCCUUCACCUUCAACCUCAGGCCUUAUGUUUACCGGUUCACUUUGGAAGCAAGUGUCUAUGCCUUGUAUGGAGAACGCCUGGGAUUGCUAAAGAGCAGCCCAAACCCUGAUGGUUUGCGGUUCAUCCAGGCCAUAAAUUCUAUGAUAUCUUCUACAUCUCUCCUUCUCUACACACCCGUGAACCUGAGCCGAUUAAUGUAUUCCAAGAUGUGGGAAAAGCACUUUGAAGCUUGGGACUAUAUUUUCCAGUUUGCUGACAAGUGUAUUCAGAAAAUCUACCAGGAGAUGUGUUUGAAUGGCUCACCUCAAUACUCGGGUAUCAUGGCUCAACUCAUGGCAAAGGCUGAACUCUCUCUCGAAUCCAUCAAAGCCAACAUGUUGGAACUCACUGCUGGAAGCGUGGACACGACCUCAUUCCCUAUGAUGACAACCCUCUUUGAGCUGGCCCGGAACCAAGAUUUACAGAAUGCUUUGAGGAAAGAGAGCCUGGAGGUUGAGGCACAUUUAGAAGAGAACCCAGCAAAAUUGAUUAAGGAACUGCCCUUGCUUCGGGCUGCCAUCAAAGAGACUCUUAGGCUUUAUCCCGUGGGCUUGAUUUUACAUCGUUACCUGGACAGAGACACCAUCUUGCAGAAUUACAGAGUCCCUGCUGGCACCCUGGUUCAAAUCUUCCUAUAUUCCAUGGGCCGUAGUCCAGAAGUGUUUCCCCAGCCCGAAUGCUAUGACCCUUCUCGUUGGCUAAUCUCUAACACUGACCAGGAAAAUAAUCAGAUUUCCAAUUUCCGCUACUUGGUCUUUGGCUUUGGGAUUCGCCAGUGCAUCGGACGCAGGCUAGCUGAGGCUGAAAUGAUCCUCUUCUUGCACCAUGUUCUGAAAAAUUUCCAGGUGGAGACCUUAUGUAAGGAUGACUUGAACUUGUCCUUUCACUUUGUCCUUCAACCAAAAUCCUACCCACUCUUUACCUUCAGUGUCCUCAACUGACCUUGUCAACUUGCUUCCAUGACUAGAAGCCCUGUCUGACCCCACUCCUUGUCACCUAACCUAAACUGAGUCUCCCAAUCCCUUAGAAUUUAACAAUGUUGAAGUUGAAAUGAAAAGAAUUAGAUCUAAGUCAUGGCUCUGUUAUUUACUAGCUGUGUGUCUCUGGGGCAAAUUGCAAAUUGCUGGGGCUUCACAUUUCUGGAAUCAUUUUCCAUUUGUGUUCCAUGAAGGAGUUGUAUUAAAUGAUUUCUUGGGUAUCUUCCCAUUCCCAUUCAUUUUAUGGUCUAUAUUUCUGUAAUGCUUUUAGGUUUUCAACAUACUUUCCCUACAGUAACACUUAAAGUGCAAAUAUUAUUUUCCCUGUUUUUUAGUUGAGGAAAUAAAGGCUUAGAGAGAUUUGUGCAAAGUCACCUAGAUAGUCAUUGCCAGAUCAGAGUUCUAAUUGAGACAUUCUGAUUCCAAGUUCACAUGAACAAGUGUUCUUUAGCAGAGGUGUCAAACAUGCAACCUAUGUUUGAGUGCAAUGGAACCUUUGGGAGAUGUCAAAUAAAAUAAAUUUCAAAAAAUUUAAAAGACAUAGAUAAUGUUAUUUUGUAGUUUUCUAAUUCAACAUGUACCCCUCAGGGAUCAUCUGAUUCCAUGGCCAUAAUGGGGCAGCUAAGUGGCACAAUGGAUAAAACAGUGGGCUUAGAAUCUGGAAGACUCAUCUUUGUGAGUGCAAAUCUGGCCUUAGAGGCUUAGUAAAUGUGUGACCCUGGGCAAGUCACUUAAUCCUGUUUCUCCAGUUUCCUUAUCUGUAAAUGAGUUGAGAAGGAAAAAGCAGAUCACUCUAGUAUCAAAUCCCAAAUGAGAGCAUGAAGAUUAGGAUACACCCGAAAAAGGACUGAAUUACAAACAACAGUCUUUUCUAAGUGCACAGAACACCAUAUUCUCAGAUCAGAAAGGGACACAUAAGGCCAUUCACUCCAACCCAUAGUGGAAGAAGAGCUUCCUCAGUGUCCCUUAAGAAGAGUUCAUUUCCUGCAAAGGGGAAGCCUUCCCAAUAAGAUCAGGAAUGAAGCAAGAAUGCCCUUUUUACCAUUAUCUAGUAUUAUAUUAGAAGUGCUAGCUUUAUCAAUAAGGCAAGAAAAAUUAACUGAAAGAAUUAAAGAAGGAAAUGAUGAAACUAAACUAUAUCUCUUUGCAAAUGAUAUGAUAAUAUUCUUAGAGAUCCUAAAAAAAUCAACUAAAAAACUAUCUGAAAUAAUAACUUUAGCAAAGUUGCAGGAUACAAAGUAAAUCCACAUAAAUAAUUUCUAUAUGUUACCAACAAAGUCUUGCAGCAAGUGUUGGAAAGAGAUAUUUCAUUUAAAAUCAUUCUAAACAAUAUAAAAUACCCAAGAAUCUACUUGCCAAGGCAAACACAAGACUUAUACAAGAAUAUAACACUUUUCAUACAAAUAAAGUCAGAUUUAAAUAAUUGGAAAAAUAUCAGUUGCUCCUAGGUAGGCCGAGCUAAUAUAAUAGAAAUGACAAUUUUAUCUAAAUCAAUUUAUUUAUUCAGUACUAUACUAACCAAACUACCAAAAAUUAUUUUAUAGAACUAGGAAAAAUAAUAACAAAGUUCAUCUGGAAGAACAAAAGGUCAAGAAUAUCAAGGGAACUAGUAAAAAAAAAAUAGUCAAAGGAGGUGGCCUAGCAAUACCAGAUCUCAAACUAUACUAUAAAGCAGUGGUCAUCAAAACAAUAUGGUACUGGCUAAGAAAGAGAAUAUUAGAUCAAUGGAGUAGAUUAUUUUAGCAAUCUAGUGUUUGAUAGAUUCCAGCUUUUGGAAUAAGAAUUCAUUAUUUAACAAAAAACUGCUUGGAAAAUUGGAAAACAGUAUGGCAGAAACGAGGCAUAAACCAACAUCCCAUACCCAAUACCAACAGGUCAAAAUGGAUAUAUGAUUUAGAUACAAAGAGUGUUACCAUAACUAAAUUAGGGGAACACAGAACAGUUUACCUGGCAGAUGUUUGGAGAAGGGAAGGAUUUAUGACCAAACAAGAGAUAGAGAGUAUUACAAGAUAUAAAUUGAAUAAUUUUAUUAUAUUAAAUUAUAAAGCUUUUGUACAAAUAAAACAAAAGUAAACAA